AAGUUCUAGAAAUUUGUUUGAGGAGAGCGCAAGUUUUCUCAAGAAAUCAUCAAAAAGUGUGUAUUUGGAGUAUUUUUGGGCUUGGUUUUGUAAAUUGUGGAAGAAAGGCCUGGAAGAAUGGAGCAGAAAGUUGAAGAACUGAAGAAGGACAUCGAAGAAUUGACUCAAUUGCAGGGUUUGGCUAUUCGGCAGAGGGUUAAAGAUGUACUGAUGAUGGAGAGGAAGAAGUGGGAGGGUGAAAUGUCUGCUUUGAUGCAGAAUCAAGUCGGUAAAAGUGAGAAAGCUGCAGGAAGCACAAGUGGCCCAAAGAGAUACGUUGUGGAGCUGACAAAUUACGCUUUUGACCAGAGUGAUGCCUUUGUAAAGCUCUUCGUGACUCUAGAUGGUGUUCAGAAGGUGCCCGAGGAGGGAGUAGUGGCUAGCUUCACAGAAAAGUCUCUCAAUCUUCAGGUAAGUGAUCUCAAUGGAAGGGACUAUGUUUUGGUGGUAAAAAAUCUCCUGGAGGCCAUAGACGUUGCCAAAAGCUACCGGAAGUUGAAGACGGACAUGAUUGUGAUCUAUAUGAAGAAGGUGAAGCAGGGCAGGAAGUGGGAUUGUCUCACGAGCACGGAGAAAAAAGUAAAAGACAUCAAGAAUAGCGCAUUUUCGGAUCUUGGCGAUGACUCAGACUCCAAGGAUCCAUCGGCUGGCCUCAUGAACAUGAUGAAGAAGAUGUAUGAAUCCGGAGAUCCUGACACUAAGAGGAUGAUUGCCAAGGCCUGGACUGAGGCACAAGAGAAGCGCGACGAAGCCAAAAUGCCUGAAUUGUAAUUUCAAAAUAAAAAAAACGUUCCAUUUCAUUUCUUAUAAAUAAAUCCACAUGGCUAUCGUAAAAA